AUGUUAAGUCUUACAAGAUAUUGUACCUCAACAAUAACAAGAAAUAGUACAAUAAGACUUCUACCCAUUAAAAAUAAUUUAUACACAUGUACUUCAAAACCAAUACUCUCAAAUACAGCUCUUACAUUUGUGAAAAGAAAUUCACUUUAUUUGUAUAAGGAUUUAAUUAAGAAGGGUAGUGCUAUAGCUUUAGGUUUUGCGUCAAAAUCUGUUCAGAAAUCAGAUAAAGUUGUGGGCAAAUGGCUGUUAACUUGCAGUGGCAUGGUUUUUGUAGCUGUAAUUCUAGGAGGUGUAACAAGACUUACAGAGUCUGGUUUAUCAAUGGUUACUUGGAAAUUACUUGGUGAAAAAAUGCCUAGCACUGAAAGUCAGUGGCAAAUAGAAUUUGAACGUUAUAAGCAGUUCCCUGAAUAUAAAAUCACUAAUCAUGAUAUGACAUUGGAAGAUUUUAAACGCAUUUGGUGGAUGGAGUAUUUGCACAGAAUGUGGGGACGUUUGAUAGGUGCUGUGUUCAUUGUUCCAGCAACUUAUUUUUGGGCAAAGGGUAUGUUAAAACCAGGAAUGAAAAUGAGAGUAGCUAUUUUGGGCUCGUUAAUUGGAUUACAAGGACUUAUGGGUUGGUAUAUGGUUAAGUCUGGUUUAGAAGAUCGUUUUGUGGAACAAUCAGACGUACCCCGCGUCUCGCAAUAUCGUUUAGCUGCGCAUUUAGGGAUGGCAUUUAUUAUAUAUAAUAUAAAUGCUGGCAAUCUAAAAUCGAAACUAAAAAGAUUUAGAAUGUUAGUUCACUCGACGAAAGGUUUAGUCUUCUUAACCGCUUUGUCCGGAGCUUUCGUAGCAGGGAUGGAUGCAGGUCUUAUUUAUAACACAUUUCCGAAAAUGGCUAAUAAAUGGAUACCGGACGAUAUAUUUAUGGUAUCACCAGGAUGGAAAAAUUUUACCGAAAACCCAACUACUGUACAGUUUGAUCAUAGAAUUAUGGGUAUUACAACUUUGUCAUUAAUAACUUGUAUUGGAUUUAUUUCUCGUAAAUAUAAGCUUCCUGGUAAUGCAAAGAAAGCUAUAGUAGCUGUUCUUUGUGCAGGCUAUUUACAAGUACUUUUAGGAAUUUCAACGUUGGUGCAUCAUGUACCCUUAUCGCUAGCUGCAUCUCAUCAAUCUGGUAGUCUUCUUGUUUUGAGUACAAUGAUUUGGUUGUGUCACGAAUUGAAAUAUUUGAAAUAUGUUUUGAAAUAA